AUGGGUUACAUUACCAGGGCUACAGUAACAAGUCUCACAUACGGAGAGGGUCAUGAUGUUGUAGAUUUUACUAAGCGUCGCAACAUCGUUAGCAUAUUUGAGAACGCUAUUAACAAAGGCGAGGCGCUCCAUGUUACGAAUGCCACAUUCGACAAUACCGACCCUGCACCAGGUCGACCCAAGAAAGUCGUUAUCAAGUACUUGACCGAGUGGAGAGGCAAAGAGAAAUGCCGCCUGAUCAAGGAGGGUGACCAUGUCCAUUUCGGAUACGACAUCAGGAAGAUCACCUACGGCAGACGCGAAGACCCGACAGACUACACUGGCAAGAAGAAAGUCUAUGCUGCUUUCAUGAGCGCCUUGGAACACCAAGAAAGCAUCAUCAUCAACAAUGGCCUCUUCGGCAAAGACCCAAACCCAGGUGUAGCCAAAUUCUUCACUAUCGAGUACAAGGUUGCUUAUGAUCACUUCAACACCGAGAUUGGAAGUGAUUCAGGCACUUACAAGAGACGCUCUGUCUACGAGGGUGGAAGAGUUGACUUUCUGUGGGAAAUUCUUCGAAUCGAGUAUUGUUCUACCGAGAAGAACGACUUCUGGUGGGGUCGACAUGUCAAUCAGGCCACGACGAUCAAUGACCCUGAGGUCUUCCGAAAGUUCUAUGAGCAAUGGCUGCCUAAGAAAAACCUCUAUAUCUGUAAUGAGCUCAUGGGUCCGGAUCCUUAUCCUGGCAAGGAGAAACGUGCCCGUAUGUUGGCGCGCUACCCUGAGGACCGAGGCUACACAUAUUGUUGGAUGACAGGUGAUGAAGGGGAGAACAUGAGCUGGACCACCCCUGAGCAGUUCAAUCGUGAUACCUCUAACUGGAUGGAAUUUGUUGGGCUGUUCGAAGGUCCGUAA